UGCAAAUGCAAGUAAUGGAGAAGAUAUAACUCGGUCUAUUUCAGAGUCUGAAACAGACAGAAGCAAGCAAAAUUCUAGUAUUGAAGAUAUUCUGCUUUCAGAAACAAAUCAACUUUCAGCUUUACUUAAACAAUUAGAAACUUUGGAGAAACUCCAAGCUACUAAUAAUAAGAUUAACAAUCAAAGAAUUAAGCUUAUUCCAGAUAACACCAAUAACAACAUAUCUAAAAAAAAAAAAAGGAAAAAACUCCAAAACUAA